AUGACGCACAUACUGCCCCCCAUCCUCUAUGAUAUUUCUCCUUCUCCCAUCAACAUCUGCUCGCUCUUUCUCUCCCUCACUCCUCCUUCUUCGCAAUAUCCACGACCAGCACAGAAGAUCAUGGACGAACGCACAUUCCACCUCUUUCCACAACUCCCCCCGGAGCUUCGGGAACAAAUCUGGUUGAUGGCGAUACGCCCCGACAAGCCGGGGGUUCAUACAUUCCGACUGUAUCAUCCUGAGCUCGACAACUCUCGACAUGCGCAAGAUAUAAUUGGAUCUGCACCCAAGAAACCUUCUUUUUGGCACCGUCAAAAUAUUCCACCCUGCCCAUAUCGGCUUGCACUUCCAGCGUGGAACAAAUAUCCAGACAGCACCGAUGGCUCAAGCGACCAUGACAUAUCUACAUAUCUGAUCGACAGCUCCCUGUCGUCGGUCUGCCAAGAGUCCAGAUCCAUGAUGAAAAGGGUUUUCAAAGAAGACAACGCGUCCAGCCGGCGCCUCUUGGCAUCAACAACUGCCCAUUACCUCUCAGGUAGUGCCACGUCAUACAUCACAAUUCACCGUCGGAAAGACCUGAUUGUCUUGCAGUUUGAUGACAUGCUCAAGUUCAAUUGGGACUUUCUAGAUGUUCUGUUCCAUACGAAUAAAUGGUUUCCUGAUGGUGUUGUCAGCCUAGGCAUUGAGUAUAACAUCGAAUGGGGCAUGGAUAUCGAUGCAAGUCCGUAUGAUAAAUUGGCCGAGCUCGCUUGCGGCAGCUGGGUAUCGACCAACAUUUGGCUGAUCGACCACAACCUUAAACGACGAGAAGGUACUUGCCACCAGAAGGACAGCCUCAAAAGAUCAUAUAAAUAUCCGGAACUCAACGAGCCAUUCUACGCCAACGACAGAACGUUCAUAAAAGUCAAUCUUAGGAAGAAAGAUGACUGCAUGGACCAUUGGAAAUAUCUCAAGCUAAUUUCUGAACGAUUCCUCUAUCUAUUUUACUGA